AUGCCAGGCCCCUUAGGCGGUAAUAAAGGAUCCGAUUUGUCCUGUAGUGCUGAAGACUAUGAGACUUACUCCGCGGUGGCAGGUUACGGUCACGACGUCCCUAAGAAUCCGUAUUCUGGUGUUACAACAUACUACAGGAGAAAGCUGCGGGGUAAGGAACAAUUCUGGAGUCCUGUGAAGAAGAAAUAUGUCGGAUGCAGCUGGGCUGUACAAAUGAUUAUAGAUAGAUUAGAUUUGGGAGAGGCUUUCCCCACGUCCAUCGGAGUACUCACUGCGGAUGAUCUGCAACAAAAAAUCCUCCCCAUAAGCAGAAAUGUACUGGACGUCGAAGGACGCUGUAUUACUAUAAUAUUAAAUGGAACGGAGAAGAGCCGCCGGACUCCGAAUGGUAAUGGCGAGAAUCCCAAUGUCUUUGGUCACAGUAACGACGAUGUUGACUCUGCUGUGGUGAGUGGAAAUGGUAUACAUCCACAUGAGAGCAGACAACACGACAGCAGAUCACAUGACAGCAGACCACAGGACAGCAAGGAUGUGGCUAUUCUAAAUUUAUAUUGCCUUGCGGCUUCCACUGAGGACCGGCUUGGUAAGAAGUUGUACGCACAAGUAGCCAUAGAAUGUUUAUUGAGCGCUUUGGAACUGCCGACAAUUCUGGUCGGAGAUCUUAAUUGCACGCAUCGAGACUACGCGGACUCGGCUUGCCAUCACCCGAGCAACGGGUGGAUCAACUACCUGGAACAAGAAUAUAAGCUCAAAGACACCUUUCUUGAGUCUUACAGACGAUUCAAAAUAUCGCCCGAAAUUGACAUUUCAUCUGGACUGAAUAAGGGCAAUGCUUCACCAUCGGAUGAACCAAAUGGGCAUGCAGCAAUCCCGACUGGGGGAGUCCCCAUAGGGACAAUAGGUACCGGGGCCGUGUCGACCGGAGCAAUAAGGACGACGGCUGGAGCAGUUAGCAGCUCGAUAGAGACCGAAGAGCCCUUAGAUAUUUAUACAUGCUGGAAUCAGUUAACUGGAGCGCGAUUGACUAAUGCGGGCAGCCGGAUCGAUUACAUUCUUGCACACGAUAGUUUCACUGUAGUCAGGGCUCAUGUGCAUGGAACCGUGUUGGGAUCAGACCAUUGUCCGGUCAGUGCGACCUUCCAUAAACUUACAGACAAGUCCCAAUCUUAUUCUGGCAGAUCCAUCGAAGCGGAUAAGCCAACUCACUGCCAGACACGUUUACUUAACUUCUUCAACGUCCCGUCUGCGAAGCGGGCUCGGGCAAUCGAUGGUGAAAUCAGUCCUGAUGGUGAAGUAAGUCCUAACGAUGACUCCGGACCCGGAGCUGCCGGUCGCCUGGAAGCCGCGGCCGGCCGGGAUGGGUCGGUGGCUGCACACACUUCUGGAACCAACAUGCCGUCGGACGCCCGGCCUGGUCUAAUCGACGACGUUGCCACUUCUGUGGUGGGGAGAGAAACGACUAGCGAGCUUGCUGCAACCCGGAGCUUGGCACCCCCUUUUGACGCUCGAGUGACUCCGAGUACCGACAACAGCGGCGUAGUCACCAGAAUUGAUGAUAGAGCUGUUGCCGACACCGAUGCUGUAGGCGACACCGAUGCUGUAGGCGAAGACGAAGGUUUAAUUAAGGGUUUGAUGACUAGGGAAGAACAACUACGCUUGCUUGUUCGGUAUCUUUCACUCGAAGAGCAAGCUCGGUUUGUCGAAACAGCACAUUUCGCGCCUCGCUGCAAAGUGCACAGACAACCCUGUAUCCUUCGACAAGUCAAGAGUCGCAAAAGUGCCAAUUUCGGUCGUCUCUUUUGGUGUUGCUGUAUGCCCAACGGAACAAACAUCAGCACAUCUCGCUGCAACUUCUUUGCUUGGUUCAAAAAAUAG